AUGCCUCCUCUUGGCCGACUCGGAGGGCAAGUGAGCCCGGGCGGCUCGAAUGCCGUUGUUCCAGAACCUCGUAGCGACAUCUUCAGCAAGACCAAAAUGUGUAAAUUUAAGCUGAUUGGCGUCUGCAUCAAGGGAAGCUCGUGCAUGUUUGCACAUACCCAAGAUGAACUGAAGCCAACCCCAGAUUUGUUUCGCACCAAGAUCUGCAAGACACUGAUCAACACAGGUGCCUGCCAAAACCCACAAUGCCGGUAUGCCCACAACAAGGAGGAGUUGCGCACCUCGAUGAACCGAGCCAAGCCAACAAGGGGCAAGCAGCCCAAUGUAGAGGAGUUGGCGAUGGAGAUGCAAGAGAGGCCCUCGCAUGGUCUCGAUAGCCAGGUGUUUCCCGUGCCUGUGGCAAUGCCCGUUGGCCGCGUUUCUACUGGCUGGCAAGGUGCAGAUGAUCUUUCGAAACCCCGGGCCAAGGCGUCGAGCACAAGGCGUGGCAGGAGAGGUCGCGGAUCCAAGUCAGAGAGGCUCACAGCGAACGGCCAAGAACGCUGUGCCCUCCCGGAUCAGCCGGAGUCUUCUGACAGCCAGCCCUCCACGUCCACCGACAGGCAGGAGACCGAAAAGACAGAAUCGUUUGAUGACACUGACGAUGAGUGGUUGUACGAGCCCAUCGACGCUCAGUAUCCUACCUAUAUGAUCAAGAACACGUUCCUGGAAUUUGGACCCGAUGCGUCCCCACGUGGCUUAAAGAAAGUGCAUACUGCUGCCGGCCGCUUGGAGAAGAUGGCCGAGUUUGUGGAAUGCUGA